AAAGACAUUUCCCGCACUCAGGACAGGAAUACAGCUUCUCCCCCGUGUGAGAUCUCUGAUGUAUGUGCAAACUGGACUUCUGUGAAAAACAUUUCCCGCACUCCGAACAGGGAUAUGGCUGCUCCCCCAUGUGACAUCUCUGAUGUGUGUAAAGAUAGAACUUACAUGAAAAACAUUUCCCGCAUUCAGAACAGGAAUACUUCUCCCCCAUGUGAGAUCUCUGAUGUCUUUAAUGACUGGACUUAUCUGAAAAACAUUUCCCAUACUGAGAACAACUCUUCC